AUGCGUUGGUUAACUGAUUUUGUCGGAUAUGCUUCGAUUUUCACUUCGAUAAUUGUUAUAACAACAUCAUUGGGAUAUAUUCCAUACAUGUUAAAUCGAAUGGAAAAAAUCACGGAGAGUUUGAAAGUUCAUAAUGAUGAGUUUUUGGUUUUGGAACAAGAAGCGAGAAGUGAAUUGAGUGGAUUGAGAAUGGAUUAUCCGAGACAGAAAAGAGCGACGAAACGACAAAAUGGACAAUGUCGUAAGUUUUCGGGGGAAAAACAAAGAAUUCAGCAUAAUUUCGUUUUUUUUCAGAAUGUGGAGGUGACAAUCGUUGUCCAGCUGGUGUCAAAGGAAUGCCUGGAAUCAAUGGAGAAGAUGGAAUUCCAGGACAACCUGGACAACCAGGAGAACCAGGACUAAGUGGAAUCACACCACCAGAUCAAUAUGCGAAGCAAAAAGAUUGUAGACAAUGUCCACCUGGUCCAAAAGGUCAGCCAGGAUACGGUGGACCUCCUGGACCACCAGGGCCUCCGGGACAACCGGGAACUGAUGGAAAUUCGGGUCGACCUGGAAAUAAUGGAGCUAUGGGGCAACCUGGAGAGCCUGGAAGAGAGGGACAACCUGGAAAAGCUGGAGGACCUGGAGGACCGGGAAGAGAUGGAGUUCGUGGAUCAAAGGGAUCAGCUGGAGAUAAAGGGCCAAAUGGGCCACCGGGACAAAAUGGGCCGCCAGGAUGGGCUGGAAGAGAUGGAAAUGUUGGAACACAGGGAAUUCCUGGACAACGGGGAGAACCUGGAGCACCAGGAACAAAUGGGUUCCCUGGUUUUGCUGGAAAUCCUGGACCAGAUGGACAACCUGGAACUGAUUCGGGAUACUGUAAAUGUCCGUCAAGAGGAGCUGUUAAUCGGAACGCUGUUAACAAAAAUCGUAAUAGAUAUUUGUAA